CCCUUUUGCGGUCUGGCGACUGUGUGGCCGCCUUCGCCUUUCCCAGCGUCGGGGGAGCCGCGGCCCCGCCCUUCCCAGCUCGCCAUGGAGCGCUACCGAGAAGUCGCCACCCGGGCCGCGGAGAAAAUGCAGGCCUACCGGGAGGAUCUCAGCGGCUGGCGGAGCUGCAAACGCACGAAUGAAGUUUCUGUUUCUUGGAAGCCAUCAACUGAAUUUCAUGGAAACAUAUACAAAGCAGAAGGGAUUCUGCCUGCGAAACCAGAGGCUGUGUUUAAAUGCAUCAAACCAGAGGCUGGAGGCCUUAGAGAAAAAUGGGAUAAAAACGUGAAGGAAUUGUUGAUCAUUGAGGUAAUUGAUGAAAACAUUUGUAUCACUAGAACUAUCACACCUUCAGCAUUAAUGAAGAUCAUUUCUCCAAGAGAUUUCUUAGAUGUGGUUCUAAUUAAGCAGGAUGAGGAUGGGACAAUAUUAUCAGCAGCAACCAAUGUGGAGCAUCCACAGUGUCCACCUGAACCAGGUUACGUGAGGGGACGGAAUUAUCCUUGCGGCUGUUUCUGCAUUCCUGUCCCAGGGGACUCAAGCAAAACCCAGUUGUUCAGCUUCUUCCAGAGUGAUCUAUGCGGCAACCUCCCUCAUUCGAUCGUCGACUCCUUCUUUGCAAGCAGCAUAGCUGAGUUUCACAGCAAUCUGACCAAAGCGGUGAAGACGCUCGUGGCUUAAGCAAUUUUUUUUCCCUCUAAGAAAACUGAACCGGCAGAGUUUUUAUAUAAGUUUGCAGUUCUGCAACUGAAGUUGGGCAAGGACAGAAAUUGAUGCAGUAUCAAGCACUUGGAAAUCCCAUUGAUAUUUCAGUGGGAAAGAUGUAACUUGUCCACUGAAAUAAGUGGAGCUUAGAAAUUCUGUAUAGUUGGCUGGAAGAAAUUCUUCCAGCCUAAGUAUUUUUUCUAAGUUGUGGUACUUCCAUUUGACAUAGAGCACUGAACAUUGGUUGAAUCAUGUAAUCUCUUUUUUCUGUUUGUUUUUUUAAAAGAAACAACAAGUUUCUUGUCCACAAAGCUGGAAAGUAUGGGUGGAAUAGGCUUGAAAGUAUGGGUGAUGUCUAUUCAGGUUAAGGGCAAAGGCUGAUCUGGAUUUCAGGGUUUGGUGCUCUGUGUAUUUCUUCACACCUCUUGGUGACUGUGUUGUGCUGGAUACAUGCCAGAUGCUGCUUGUGUGCUGUGGUCUAGAAUGUCCAGGGUGUGCCAGUGAUACACCUGAACAGAGGGGGUUGCUGCCAUCUCCACUGAUACUCCUGUGGUUUAUAUGUGAAGACUUCUUGCCUGUGCUGAUGCAACAGCAAACCAUGCCCAAGAUCCAGGCCUUCCUUGCAUAGCAAGCAAACCUGCUGCUAGGACACUUCAUGGCAGAAGAAGACUUCACAUGCACCCAUCUUGGCACAGAAACUAGUAUACAGAGGCAUCAGUAGCCAUGCACAAGUCCCAUGUGUCUUGGACAAGGAAUUCUGUGUCCAGUGUCCUGGUGGAGUAAUGCAUGCGUGGAGCUCUGGACCAUCAUUUGACUAAUAGUUUUAUUGAAUGGAGAAGACUUUGUGGUCAAACGUUCUUCAUGCCCAUGAAUGUUUUGGGUUCAGGUAUCCAAGGCCAUGGACUAGAAUGAUGGAUGGAAUAGCUCAGUGCCAAUUCUUCAUCUGUUAAAUGGGCAUAAGAGAAAUCUUGCUUGGUCAGCAGAAUAACAUGUUCUCAGCUCUUGGUGGACUGUACCACUUCAGACAACAGGGGAAGGGUGACAUGUCUGAAUGUUCCAUCUCCCUGAGAAUGCUUAUCAAAAAUAUCCUAGUCCUGUCUAUGCAGGGAGUUUUUAUAUGGGGAAAACAUUCAAACUUGAUAAUGGAAACUGUAGUCUUUCUGAAGAGGUAUCACUCCAGAUCUGCACCAUGUCAUUACGCUAAAUGUAUGACUCCAAAUACUGGCCUACCUUGCAGAGUUAUUGAGAGGUAUUGUACAGUAUAUUAUUAAUAAAAAGAUGGUGAUU